CAACCACAACGCAAGACAGCUGGAAGAGUGAUAUGUUCCUUCAAGGCACUGUCAAGUCUGCAAGCCCUCCUAUCCAAUACUGGCGGAGUGGGUUCUCUGUCAAUCCCAAUGGCGACAUCAUAAUUUUUACCCCUGGCGCUGGACUGGACCACCAUUCUUUUGACGCUCAAGUUUUACCCCUUCUUCUUGCUGGCCAUCGUGUAGUGACUUACGACCCUCGGUGCCAGGGCAUGAGUCAAGUGUCCAACGUCACUGCCCGGGGAAGCUGUACUAUUACCUUUGACCUUAUGCUCCAAGACAUGAUUUCUAUGAUGAAUGAUCUACAAAUACCGUCCAAACAAGCCGUUUUGCAGGCUGGUCUCUCCAUGGGUGGUAUGGUGGCACAACAGUUUGCAAAAGUAUACCCUAACAGAACUAAAGCACUUAUCGCCAUGGAUUGUGGACCAAACGAGGUUCUGCUACCUUGGAUGCAAUACUACCUGGCCACCCCGCUGGACACUCUCAUUGCAGGUGACAAUAAUGCUUCGUUCAAUGCUAUCCUGAAUACCUCAAACAAUACCAUUGCUCGACAAGAAAUUUAUCGAGAGCUCUCUGAAUCCGGUGAUGCUGAGAUUGUGAAAGCUAUGAAAGCCUGUGCAGAAGUAGUAGUAGAUGAUCCGACUUACACUAGAUUGAACAUACCAGAAUUACUCCUCUAUGGCCAAUUGGAUGGGCUGACAAAUACUUCAAUGAUUGAAUGGUACAACCGGGAUAUAGCUAAUCCACACAUAUCUUUGGUUUCUAUUCCCAAUGCCGGCCACGUCAGUACAUUGGAUAACCCUGAAGGUGUAGUCACUGCUUUGAUCGACUUUCUCAAUACCAUCAAGCAAUAGAACUUUUACACUAUAGAUGCCGUAGGCUCUAUCGUAAAGCAAAAUUCAUUGUUUUACUGAUAAUUUUAUUACAAAG